ACGCGACGGGAGGCGCGGGGGUCGCCGAGCAUGGAGCGGAGGUGGGUCUUCGUGCUGCUCGACGUGCUGUGCGUGCUGGUCGCCGCUCUGCCCUUCAUCAUCCUGACGCUCGUGAAUGCCCCGUACAAGCGAGGGUUCUACUGUAGAGAUGACUCCAUCCGGUACCCCUACCGUCCAGACACCAUCACCAAUGGGCUCAUGGCCGGGGUCACCAGCACAGCCAUCAUCAUCCUUGUCUCCACGGGGGAGGCCUACCUGGUGUAUACUGACCGCCUCUACUCCCGCUCCAAGUUCAACAACUACGUGGCCGCCAUCUACAAGGUGCUGGGGACCUUCUUAUUCGGGGCUGCCGUGAGCCAGUCGCUGACAGACCUGGCCAAGUACAUGAUUGGCCGCCUGCGGCCCAGCUUCCUGGCCGUGUGUGACCCUGACUGGAGCCGCAUCAACUGCUCGUUCUACGUGCAGGUAGAUACGGUGUGCAGGGGCAAGCCUGCUGACGUCACUGAGGCCAGGCUGUCCUUCUACUCGGGACACUCCUCCUUCGGCAUGUACUGCAUGGUGUUCUUGGCGCUGUAUGUGCAGGCGCGCCUCUGCUGCAAGUGGGCACGGCUGCUGCGGCCCACGGUGCAGUUCUUCCUGGUGGCCUUUGCUCUCUACGUGGGCUACACGCGCGUGUCUGACCACAAGCACCACUGGAGCGAUGUCCUCGUCGGCCUCCUGCAGGGGGCGCUGGUGGCCGUCCUCACUGUCCGGUAUAUCUCUGACUUCUUCAAACCCCGGCCCGACCAGCACGGCCUGGAGGGGAACCACCCGGAGCAGAAGCCCCGCCUGUCACAGUCGCUGACCCCGAGCGAGGCUGACCACAACCACUAUGGAUACCAGUCGUCCUCCUCCUGAGGCCGCUGCCUGGUCAGCGACCCCACGGUGCCCGGCUUGGGAUGGUGUUUGGGCUCUGCGCAGGUUCCAGGUCCCUCCUGGCUGGCACCUGGAGUGGGUCCUGCACACCCCACUUCCUGCACUGGGCCAGGGUCUGGAGGUACCUGGGGUAGCCCUAACAUGGAGAGUCCCGGUCCUCAUAGCUCCCCGAGUGCCACCUUUGGACGUUGUUUUUGUAAAAUGUCCCGUAUGUGUGGAUUUCUAGUAAAGUGCAGUGUUU